CCACCCCACCCCACCCUCACCCACCCACCAGGUACCCCAAUACUUUCUUUCAAAGAAAAUUAGAGAAACUCAAGAGCACCAUGGCUGAUCUCUUGGUGCAGCUAGCCAUGAACUCAAGAUGAUUAUUCCAAAGAAGAUGAAGAAGGGUCUGAUCUGAUCUAACACUUAACUCUCUCUCUUUCUCCCUCUGUAUGUAUCUGUAUAUAUAUAUAUAUUAGAGCAUAAAUUAUUUACUACAAAUUAAAAUGCAGCACCCCUCAAGCAACAAUUCCUUCAAUAAUUAUUACAACAGCCCCAUAUUAUCCCCAUCCUCAUCUUCUCUAUACCACAUUCCCUCUUCCCCUAUCCACUAUGAAGACGAACUGCUCCUCCUGCAAGCCCUCAUCCUCCAACAGCAGCAAUCACAGCCGUUGAUUAUGGAGGAGGAUGAGGAGAGCAAGAAAGCCCAGAUCACCAUUAACGCAGACCCCCCCUACAAAAACGACGAAAAUGGAGGCCCCAACAAGAAGAGGGCUCCCAGCUGCAGCAAGAAAGACCGGCACAGCAAGAUCACCACCGCGCACGGCCCUCGAGACCGCCGGAUGCGGCUAUCCCUGGACGUGGCUCGCGAGUUCUUCGAUCUCCAAGACACUUUGGGGUUCGACAAGGCGAGCAAGACGGUGGAUUGGCUCCUAACCAAGUCCAGUUCCGCCAUUAGAGACCUCGCCGCUAGCCUCGGCCUCAGCCCUUCUUCUGAAUGCGAAGCGCAUUGUGAUGAAAAGAAGGAGAAGAAGAAGAGGGCGAGGGCGCCUCGUAUCCGAGCCGCAUUCCUGGCCCUCACCAAGGAGUCCAGGAAAAAGGCAAGAGAGAGAGCUAGAGAGAGAACGAUGAUGAAGAAGAAAUUGGAAGAAGAAGAAGAACAACAAGAACUCUCCUCCCAGUCCCAGAUGGGUAGUCGUGUAAAUAAGCAGCUUUCAGGGACCUACCAGCAAAAUAAUGGCGGAAUCUUUUCGCAAGAACUACAAGACGACGACCUGGAGGUGGAACUGCUCUCCUCUCACUUUCAUAUUCAUGUUAAUAACCAGCUUUCUCCUUUCAGGGAUUUCCCACCAGAACUUUGGGAAGCCUGCAACAAGGGAGAUCUAUGAGGGCAACCCCUUUCUUCAAUUUCUAGAAGAAGGCUACGUGGUUAGAGGAUGGUAAUUAACUAAUAAUGUAAGUGAAUUUUUUUAGUUUGGGAUUUUUUUCUUUGUAUUUUAAUUUAAUUCAGUCUUGCCAAUGACC